GUUCACACUUUGAAUUAAACCCGUUCUUAAAAAACCUGAAACCAACUUGCUUGUCCAAUUUCCUCAUCUCUGCAGAAGAAUCAGGUAUGUACAAAAGUAAUUAUAAGCAAAUCCAUAUUUAAUAUCCAAAAUGUAUGUUGAUAGCUCUGUUGUCAUGGCGUCGCCUAGUCGGAGUAGUCACCGACCGGUUUGGCGUCCAGGCGGGUGAUGAGUCUCCCAUGAACGUUCGCCUCGCCGUAUUGGCAUCCACUUGGUGUAAUUAGGCAUCCAGUUUAGACGCCAUAGCUCCUUGACCUUUUGUCAAGUUUAUUACUUCUUGGUCGAUUUGUUUAUGUUAAAGGGCGAUUAACCCUAAACGAAGACUGAGUAGCUGAGUAGCGAGAGCGACUAACUCACUUACCCUUUGCUGUCUUCUCCGAUGCUUUUUGGAGGCCAACCCUAGGAGACAAAGAUCUGAUCAAGUGCAUCCCUUUCCUGCAAAAAUUUUCUAGAGCAUUAAUCUCUGAAACUCUGACAGAUUACGUUGCCUUGGGGUUUCUCGUCUGCAGUGGGCUUGAGUACAAACAAGUAGGGGAAUACAAAUAGAGUAGUAAUCCAUGAAAGGGGGAAGAAAGAAUUUAAAGAGAGCCAUAAAUAAUAAAACCACAGCACUUCAACAGGGCCAAAUGAUUAUGCAAGUGGUUGACCUCCGUGGCUCCAAUCAAAUUGAGGUAAUGGAUGCAAAGGGUGAAAAGUUUUUAGCAAUAUUCCCAGCCAAGUUUCAAAAGAGCAUGUGGAUUAAAAGAGGGAACUUUGUUGUGGUUGACGAGAGCGCAAAGGAGAAAGCAAUUGAAUCAGGGAUGAAAGUGGGUUGCACUGUCACACAAGUUCUCUUUUAUGAUCAAGUUCGCGAGUAUCAAAAGUCCCCAGAUUGGCCAGAUGUCUUCAAAUCUGCAGCAAUAGAAAGUUCAUCACAAAAUUUAGAAAGGCACGCGUCUCAGACAUGCGGUGAUGACGAGGAAGAUGAAGAGGAUGACGGGCUUCCUCCAUUAGAAGCCAAUACCAACAGAUUAAAGCCUUUCCAAUCAGAGUCGGAUACUGAGCAAGAUUCGGACUCUGAUUCCUGAUUUGCAGUCAGAUUCGCCCCGCAAAUGUGGAGCUACAGGUUAAUCCGAAGUAAACUGCCAACUUUUUUGAACUUCAUUUGUUGAGAUUUUGUAACCUGAAGCUCUUUUCUGGGAAGAUCGUAAUCCAGUAUGGCUUUUCGAACAUUUUUUUCAGUAAGGAUAUGGGCAUGAACUACACAGUUGCUAUGUCGCUAACACAAUGAAAUGAAAAAGAUUGAAACGA